AGAUGAUGUAAGUGUUGGUUUUAUUUACAAAAUUAGUUCACGUUUCAUUUAUAAAUAGUCACAUUGUUUGUUGUUGUGUUGAAGGUUAUAACAAGUUGUGCAUAUUAUCUCAACCUAUCUGAGAUGUAUGAAGAACGACGUGGAACCCCGUCUCGGUUGUGCUUCCUCCCUACACAAAUGCAGGUGGGAGUGGAGAAGUAUGGUUAUAGUCCUGAAAAGUUAUUAAAUAAUUAUCGUUCUAGCUUCUUGCGUAAUGCCUAUGGAUCCAAGAAGGUCUAUCUACCAUUGAAGGAUGGCACUCAUUGGUAUUUGGCAGUGGUAUUGACAGAAUCAAAACAAGUACAUCUGGUUGACUCAGCACCUAUGACAGACCGCAAUGGAAAUCGUAUGAAAGUUGUAGGACGCAUGAUGGCUUUUUUACAUGAUUUAUUUGAAAAACUAUACUCUGAGCUAGAGAAGAUGAAUGAAGCGCCAAACAUCCGCAAUUUUCAAUUGAUCAUUCCUGAUAAGGUUCCUAUACAAGAAAACGGGUAAAUGAUAUGGAUAUUGUCUAAGAUUAUUUUAAAGCAUUUGAUUAUUAAUAAACUUACAUAAUAGCCAUUUGUAUUAGAUUUGAUUGUGGCAUGUGGGUUUGCUUAUGGAUGAUGUACUCAGAUGCCAUGAAUGGAUACUGUGUUGGGCCAUGUAACGAGGUGGACCGAAUGAUGUUGGCACUAAAGUUGGUGGGCUGGCACAAAAUUCGAAGUUGGAG